UAAAACUUUGAUACGUUCGGACUUCCAGUGAAUAUUGUCAUAAUACGGAGUGUAUACACGUGCGUUUUGCAUAAUGAUUAAAGAAGACGACACUUAUGUCAUUCAUGGACCUCCACCACUUCACCCUCUUCUUGAUAUUUCUUUAGGAAGACUGAUGUAUGAUAGCCUUUUGGCCAACCCGAACAAACAUGAGGCGUUAGUAGAUGCUAUUACUAGGGAAUCCAUUUCUUUUCCUAAACUACUAGAAUUAACAUGUUCUUUAGCUGAAAGUUUAAGAAGAAGCGGUUAUGGAAUUAACACAGUAGUUUCUGUUAGUAGUGAAAACAACAUACAAUUUUUUAUACCUGUGAUUGCUUCUUUGUUUAUCGGUGCCACAGUAGCUCCUGUAAAUCAUAACUACACAGAUUAUGAAACAAUACAUUCUCUCACUAUUUGUAAACCUAAAAUAGUUUUCUGUUCAAAAGCAGUUACUGACAAAUUUGUAAACCUGAAAAAUACCAAAUUGGAUUUUAUAGAAAAAAUUAUCGUAAUUGAUAGUGACGAAGUAGUAUGUGGAGCCGAAACAAUGGAAGAGUUUGUAAGAACAACUUUAAGAGGAUAUGUACCUUUGGGGAGGUUUCAGUUGGCCGAAUUUGAUAAUAGCAAACAGAUUGCACUCAUUAUGUGUUCUUCUGGUACGACUGGGCUUCCAAAGGGUGUAAUGCAAACACACAGUAAUAUGAUGGUUCGAUAUAUGCAUUCCAUAGAUCCUCGGUAUCUACGGCAGGAAGAUAAUUUCCUAGGAAUACUUCCAUUCUUUCAUGCGUAUGGGCUAAUUACAAACUUCUUUGCAUUAGUGAUGGGCCAGAAAAUUGUAGUGCUUAAGAGGUUUCAGGAAGAACUAUUUCUGAAAAUCAUCCAAGAUUUUAGAUUGUCAAAUCUUUGGUUAGCACCACCUUUAGUAAUUCUACUUGCCAAAAGUCCGUUGGUAGCUAAAUAUGAUUUAUCGUCUGUUAAAGAAAUACUAAGUGGAGCUGCUCCUUUAAGCAAGGAUACUGAAGAAGCUGUUAAAAGAAGAUUGAAUAUUCGGACAAUCCGACAAGGAUAUGGUUUAACGGAAAGUACCUUAGCAGUAAUUAUGAUGUCCUUAAAUGACGAAAAACCCGGUUCUUCUGGUAAGGUGGUUUCAUAUAUGUCGUGUAAAGUUAGAGAUCCAGAAACUGGAAAAUCGCUGGGUCCUGGAAAAGUUGGUGAAUUGUGCUUCAAAGGUCCGAUGGUGACGCCAGGAUAUUAUAGAAAUCAGGAAGCUACUAGAAAUUCUUUUACAUCUGAUGGGUGGCUUUUAACCGGAGAUUUGGGUUACUAUGAUAAAGAAGGUUACUUCUACAUUGUCGAUAGGUUGAAGGAAUUGAUCAAAUAUAAAGGUUUUCAGGUUCCACCUGCUGAACUGGAGUCUAUUAUAUUGAACCAUCCAAAAGUGCUAGAUGUAGGUGUAGUGGGUCUUCCUAAUGAAGAAGCAGGAGAACUACCACUUGCAUACGUCGUGAAAAAAGAAAAUGUGAAUUUGACAGAAAAGGAAAUUAUCGAUUUUGUCGCUGGAAAAGUUUCCUCGCAGAAGACGCUGCGCGGUGGUGUUGUUUUUGUGCCAUCAAUUCCCAAAAAUCCCAGUGGAAAAAUUCUUCGCCGAGAACUUCGCAAAAUGUUAACUACUUACAAGUCAAAAUUGUAGAUAUUAAAUCUGUUGCAUUUAUAUAUAUUAUAAACUGUACAUUCUGAAAACAAUACAAACCACCGGUUUAGAAAGCAAGUUUUGUAUUCUUUAAUUUAACUUAUGGGUGUUAUUUUGUAUGCACUUUCUACUUGUUUCAUACGAACUAAAACAAAUAGAUGACAAACACGAUUUUUUGAGAGAACACAUAUUAACCAAUUAUUAUUAGUUGUUCAGUAAUCUUGACGUUGUCCGUCAAUAUUGUUCAAUUAAUGUAUAUAG